GCGGCGGCGGCGGCGGCGGCGGAGGUCCGGCGCACGGGCUCCGGCGGGGAUCUGGUAGGGUUCCGGCGAACCCGAUCGGAGCCGCGGCUGCUCCGGCGGACGCUGAUGGUCGCGCCGCGCGCGGCGCCGCUCAAGGGCGCGCGCUCGGUCGGGAUCUUCUUCCCCCUCCAAUUCCCGGCCCCGAUCGUCCCCCAUUCCGCCGAGUCGCUCCCCCUCGACUCGGAGGAGAGCCCCGACGAGGGAUCGGGGUCGGGGUCGGAGCGGGGGCGAGCGAAUUGGGUGGAGAGGGUCCUCCAGGUGCGCACGCGGUGGAGAGGUCGACAACACAAGGAGGAGGAGGAGGAGGAGGAGGACGACGACGACGACGAGUCAUGUGGGGUGAGUUACGACUCGUCGUCGGAGGAGGAGGAGGGGAGGAGAGAGUGGGAUCGGGAAUCGUUCGCGCGGGUGCUGGGCCGAGUCGCGCUGGCCGAGGCGAGGCGCUUCGCCCAGCUGGCGCUCCUCUGUAACCUGGCCUACGCUAUACCGGCGAUCAAGGCGGAGGACUUGAAGAAGCGCUACGACCUCCACUUCGUGACGUCGUCGUUGGAGAAAAAGUCGGUCGCCGCGGCGAUCAAAUCGGAGCUUGAGACCGACUCCACCCGGCCCCCGCCCCCGACCCCGACCCCAACCCCGACCCCGACCCGGACCGGACCCGAGCCGCGCCGCCCGUUCCGGCCCUCCGUGGCCUACGAGAUCGCCGCGUCGGCCGCCUCCUACGUCCGCUGCCGCGCGCGGGGCCUCCUCUCCCUCGGCGAGGCCCCCGCGCCCGGGCCCCACCCGCGUCGUGCCGACGAGAAUGCGGCGGCGGUGCCGACGAGGGGGGGCGGGGGGCGGUUGUCGUACAAGUCGGAGGUGGCGGCGUGCGUGGCGGCGUCGACGGUGACGGCGGUGGUGGCGGCGGAGGAGGAGGCGAGGCAGGAGGCUGCGAAGGACCUCCGCUCGCCGCUCUCGUCCCCCUGCGAGUGGUUCGUCUGCGACGACCCCGCCACCCACACUCGCUGCUUCAUCAUUCAGGGAUCGGACUCGCUAGCUUCGUGGCAGGCCAAUCUACUCUUCGAACCGACUACGUUCAAGGACACCGGAGUGCUGGUGCACCGCGGGAUAUACGAAGCGGCGAAGGGGAUCUACGAUCAGUUCGUGCCGGAGAUCGAGGCCCAUCUGAGAGCCCACGGCGACCGCGCGAGGCUUCGGUUCUCCGGCCACUCCCUGGGGGGCAGCCUGGCCCUGUUGGUCAGCUUGAUGCUGUUGGCUCGGGGGGCCGCGGUGCGCGCCGCCGUCCUCCCCGUCGUGACCUUCGGUGCGCCCUCCGUGUUCUGCGGGGGGGAGCGCGUGCUGGGCGCCCUCGGCCUCGACGACGGGCACCUGCAGGCGGUCAUCAUGCACCGCGACAUCGUGCCCAGGGCCUUCUCCUGCAGCUACCCCAACCAGGCGGCCAUGCUGCUCAAGCGGCUCAACGGCGCCUUCCGCUCCCACCCCUGCCUCAACAAUGAGAGAGUGCUCUACUCUCCUCUGGGAAAGACAUACAUCCUCCAGCCCGACGAGAAGUCGUCGACGCCGCACCCCCUCCUCCCCGACGGGGCCGCGCUGUACGCCAUCGAGGAACGGCGCGGAGCGAAAGAAGAAGACGCGCCGCUGACAACCUCCAAAGCCGCCGUCGCCAGCGCCCUGCGGACGUUCAUGAACUCGCCGCACCCUCUCGAGACCCUGAGCGACCCGAGAGCCUACGGCUCCGACGGCACCAUCCGGCGCGACCACGAGUCGAGCAACUACGCGAAGGCCCUCGACGCGCUGGUGAAGCAGCAGCACGUGAAGCCCACGGUGCGGUGGCACGCGCGGGAGCACCAGUGGCUGCCGCAGCAGUGGUGGCCGCCGCUCGUCGGCAUGGAGAGCCCCGGGCUGGUGGCGCAGGAGGUGAUAAGCCGGUCGUAGGAGGGAAAAUUUUUUUUAAAGAAAAAUUAUUAUACGGGGAGCCUCCUCACGAAAUGACAAAACAAUCUCUAGUUACCGGUCGUGCAUCACAUGCAAUGCACGAAUCUUAAAGUGUAUGCCCGGCCGUCCAUCACAUGCAAUAUAUAAAUCUCAAAGCAUGGUUGGAUCACCUCUCCAUGGGGAGAGUUGUCAAUUUCUCAUAUAGUUUACUUGUUAAUAUUAGGCAAGAACUUGGUGGGGGUUUAGUGCUGGUCUUUGUACAUAAGCAAGUAGCCCCACACCCUUUUUCCCUUUUUCCUUUUUUCUUUUUUUCUUU